UUAAUUAGAACCAAGUUUGUAGCAUAGGAAAUGCAACUGCCGAACUGAAGAUCGCUAAAAUUAACAAAAAUAGGACACAGAAUGCAUAGUGUAACUUUCUUGUUUGAUUCAAACAGCAUCCUAUGCGGAAUAAAUUACGGAAAAAUUUCAUAAAAGCCAAAGCCAAAUUCCCAGUUAAUUCUUUUGGUUCUUGCCCCUUCGGCAUUUCCUAUUUUCUUGCAUUUUUCAUGAAUUUUAGCAGCUAUACUAUGUUCCGGCUAUCAGUUUAAUGUUCUCGUUUUUGGGUCUGAAGUAAGAUAAAAACUGAAGAAAACAUUGGUUUAAAUGGGCUUAUGUUAUUCCCUGAUUGGUGCCAAAAUAGAUAAUGAUAAAGGUAGAAACUUGCAUUUGAAGUCGAAGAAGAGUAGCUCCCGUGUCUUAAGAAAGUUAACUGGCGAUGGCGACGGCGGCGGCGGCGUUGCUGCAGCUUCGGUGGCUCUGGUUGAGGGGACGCCGCUGUAUCCAAUUCCGGGGAGGCUUUUUGCAAAUGGGGCGAGCCAAAUCGCCAGCUUGUACACUCGGCAAGGCCAGAAAGGAAUAAAUCAAGACUCCAUGAUUGUCUGGGAGAAUUUCUGUACGAGAAGCGAUAUGAAUGCAACUUUUUGCGGGGUGUUUGAUGGUCAUGGUCCUUACGGUCACAUGGUUUCUAGGAAAGUUCGGGAUGCUCUACCACUUUUGCUGCGUGCAGAGUGGGAAGCUAAACUCAAUAUCCAUCAAAAUUCUGCCCAUGAGAAUGGAGAUGCUGAGCAAAAGAGUCAUUUUGACAAUUUUCUGGAUGAUGAUCGAGGUGCUGAACUCAAUAGCCAUAGAAAUUCUGUCCAUGAGAAUGGAGAUGCUGAUGGAAUGAGUCAUUUAGACAAUUUUGUGGAUGAUGAUGGUGGUGCUAAAGUCAAUAGUCAUCGCAAUUCUGUACACAAGAAUGGAGAUGCUGAGCGAACGAAUCAUUUUGACAUUUUUGUGGAUGAUGAUGAUCUCGAUAGCCAUCAAAAUUCUGUCCGUGAGAAUGGAGAUGCUGAGAGAAUAAGUCAUUUUGACAAU